GAGGUAGUUGGGAGAAGCACCCUCUCAACCACCCACCUCCUCUUAUUAAAACCCUCUCGCCUUCUCUCUAAAACUUGGCCUCCAUCGCAUCUGUGGAGUUCUCCUAUCGCUACAACUCUGCCUCUCUGCUCUUCAGUUCUCCAUCUAUCCUUUCCUUUUCAUCAUGGGCUCUGAGAUGGUGAUGGUGGAUGGAGUUCCAUUCCCUCCUGAGAUCGUUGCCAAACCUUUAGCUCUCCUUGGUCAUGGUAUUACGGAUAUUGAGAUCCAUUUCCUUCAGAUAAAGUACAAUGCAAUUGGAAUUUACAUGGAGAAAAAUAUCAUCGAACACUUGGGGAACUGGAAGGGCAAAAAAGGAGCUGAGCUAGCCGAAGACGAUACCUUCUUUGAGGCUCUUGUUGCUGCUCCUGUGGAUAAAUUUUUCAGAAUUGUGGUGAUAAAAGAGAUAAAGGGCUCUCAGUAUGGUGUGCAACUGGAGAGUGCCGUCAGAGAUAGGUUGGCAGCCAUUGAUAAAUACGAAGAAGAAGAAGAGGAAGCACUUGAGAAGGUUUCUGCAUUUUUCCAGUCCAAAUAUUUUAAGAAGGAUUCAGUGAUCACCUUUAAUUUUCCAGCGAGUCCUCGCACUGUUGAGAUAUCAUUUGUAACAGAAGGAAAGGAGGAAACAAAGAUCAAGGUAGAGAAUGCAAAUGUGGUUGAGAUGAUCCAAAAAUGGUACUUGGGUGGGAGCAGAGCUGUGUCUCCAACCACAGUGAAAAGCUUGGCUGAAAAUAUUGGAACAAUGCUUUCGCAGUAGAUCUUACAUUUCUCUUCUGUAGUUUGGGUUUGGUCACAAAUAAAUGCUACUUCAGUAGGUGUGCAACUUUUGUUGUUCUUGUUUUGUUGAAGUCUCCAUUGUAUCUCCUAAAAUGACUAAAAAUCUACUUUCUAUCUCAUUCUCA